AUGGAUGAAGAUUUCCAAGAAGAGUUGGUGGAACAAUCAAUGGAGGAAACAAUAAUUUCACAACACGAUACGGCUAAUGGUGCGCCCAAACGGAAUGUCAGAGGUGUUACGAAAGGCUUAUCACUCCAAAAGAAAUGUCAGCGUACUCCAAAAUUAGACGUGAUUAUACAUCCGACAAGAAAUCGGAUUGUUGGCGAGAAUGCUAAAGACUUCAAGACGGAAGCGUGUGUGAUGGUAAAGCAAUUUGCACAAGUUCAACACCCUCGUUGGAAAGACAUCCCAAUGGAAAACAAGAGGAAGAUGUGGAUUGGAAUGAAGCAAAAGUUUAAUCUGGAAGAAGACGUCCACGUCAAAAAAGUAGUAUUUGCGCAAUUCAAUCGCCAAUAUAGGAGCUACAAGCAUAAGUUGCACGUGCACUAUCUUACAAACAAGGGAGAAAGAACUAUCUUGGAUAAGUCUCCACAUGGAGUAAAUCGUGAAGAUUGGAAACUACUAAUUGAUUAUUUUGAGAGCGAUGCAUUCAAGCGUGAUCCUGAAACUGGCGAGGAGCCUACUCGUACAGCCGCAUGGAGAAAAAGUCGAUACAACAAUGAGAAAAAAGAAUGGGUCGAUGAUACUUCUAAAGAAGUCUAUGAAAAACUUAUUAUGCGUCAAAGUCUACCAGAAGACGGUGGAGAACCUAUGACCGAGGAUGAAGCAUUCAUAAAAGUUCUUGGAGAAGAAAAAUCUAGCAGAUUACGUGGAUGUGGAGAUGGGAUCAAGCCAACUUCUAAAAGAGGAGAAAGGAUAAAUCUUGAUCUUCAAAAGGAGAAUGAAGAAUUAAGAAAACAAAAUCAAGAAUUGACAGCUCGAUUUGAGUCCUUAGAAGCUCAAGUUAGUAACAAUGAAGUCAACCUACAGACUCAAGUCGAAGCUGUUCUGAGAAUGCGGCUCCCAGGUCUCAUGCAAAGCUUGAGUCAAAAUAGUGAAACUCCAAAUUCCAAUUAA